GAACGAGCCUCGAUUCACUACAAGCCUGAACUUCUACGAUGCGUCUCUACCAUACCUCAACUGACUGCACACCACAGUCUGCAGCAGCAUAGGAUGUAAUCAAUCCCACAUGUUUCAUCUCUGCGACUCGGGGAUUUUCACUUUGAAUAUUUUUUGUACUUUUUCUUUCAUUAUAACCUACUCGCCACGCAAGGGAUAUAACUUACCAGACAUGACGGGGACUCAGUUUCUACCCUGCAAAGCCCAAACUCCGCUCAAUGCGAGGGGAGCCCGAAGUUCAUAAAAGGGAUUAUUUGCAUCUGGGUGCCUGAGACCUUCGGUGCCUCCGGAUUUUACUUUGGAUUUGGGAUUUAUCGGUUCUCACCGGGAUGGAAAGCCGAGAUUUCGCUCCUCCGCACCACCUCCUGACGGAGCGGAGCGUGUUGGUUCACAGCGCCGCGUCUCGGAUGGCGCCAGGCGGCCACGGCUCCGUGCAGCACCCCGCUCACUUCCAGCCUGGGAAAUACUACUCAUCCCACCUAUCCAUGGGUCCGCACUCAGGUGCUUCCUUCAUGGGUUCCUUCCUGGCCAGCAGUAUGGGGUCGCCGCCCUCCCACCCUCCUCACCCCUCGGGACCUGCUGCCUCCCCCUCGUCCCCCUCCUACAGGCCUGGACCCCAUUCGAGCGCUUCCCCUAUCUGGUUCCCCCAUUCACACGAAGGGUACCCCAGCUAUUCAGGAAGUCUUGCUUCUCCUUUUCUCCCCAUGAGUCCCCUGGAUCACCAUAGCAACGGUCUCUAUGGACAGCACCGCUUCUAUGAAACUCAAAAAGAUCACUUCUACCUGAGAGGACUUCCUGCCCAGCCCCCUCUGCUCUCCACCAGUCACAGCCUUCCUCCACUGUCCAGGACGGCCCCAGGCCACCCACUUGGCUCUUGCAGCCGAGAGACGGACAAUGGGGGAGGAGGUGGGAAGAGCACCAAGGAUGUGGGCGAGAAAGGAGUUUCAUCCGUGUCAAAGGUGAAGGAGCGAUCAGGCAGCAAGGAGCGGCACCAGGAGAGCAAAGACAAACAGCUUCAUCAUCACCAUCAUCACCAGACGAAUCCUGCCACCACUCCGUCCGGCCACCACCACCACCAAGCUUACCCCCACCCUCAUCAUGCCCUCCUUCCUCACCUCACACCACAGGGCAGAGAGGAGGACCACAGACACCCUCUGGAGCGACACAAAGAGUACAGAGACAGUGACUCUGGCAGUCAGGAGACCAAACAUAUGAGUGCCUGUAAACUAUCCAGUGGUUCGAUAGCAGAGACUGGCUCUGGAGGAAAGGGGGGAGCUCUGAGCAGCUGCAGUGGCGGCGGGGUGGGUAGACCUCCAUCUAAAGGAGGCAGGCUGUGCUCCAAGGAUGGAGCCGUAAAUGGGGAGAUGAGGAUCAGUGAAUCCUCAGCUUCUUCUAAUGAAUGUAUGAGAAGAGGUGCAGCUGCAGCGACAGCCAUCCUGGCACCUCCAAACGCCUCCUACUCCAUGCCUCCCCCUCCGCCCCCUCCUCCUCAUGCUUUGCACAUGGGCUCCACAGUGGCAGGAGGGUGGCUACACCAUGCACAUCACCAUCCUCAUCCCGAGUUCUACUGUCCCCCAUCCCCUUUUACACUGACACCCUCCAAAGAUCCAGCAUCCACCCCUGGAGGGUCUGGCAGGGAGGCGAAAGUAAGUGGCCCAACUUACGUGCCUUCAGUUGGGCCACUGGGAGACCUGGCAGCCACUGACUGUCGUGGAGCAGGAGGAGGUGGGAGAAGGGGAGAUGACAAGAGUGGAGAAGGACCUUAUGAAAGUCCGUCUCAUCACCCAAGCAGACUUAGUAGUUGCCAAAAGAAGGACAAAUCCCAACCACACCAGCAGCAGCUGGGAUAUGGCAAAGCUGACAAACCUCCCGACUGGAGCCACCAGACACAGCACUUCCACAAAGCCAGCUCCAACGUGAGCUCUCAGUCUGAGCUGCGGUCCUGCAGCCUGGACAGAUCUUCAUCCUACAGAGAUGUAGAGGUUGUGGACGAUGUUUACCGGCCCUCACUCCCACUAGAGGCCCAGGGGACACACCCUGGUGCUGGACAGGGCACACCCAAGAAUGGCCCAGACACCAGCACUCCUCCCUUCAGGGACUGUUCCCACUCAGGUCCUCAUCCUGAUGGGAGGGUGGGGCCAGGGGCAACAUCUCAGAGGGAAGGACAAAAGGUUGCAAGGAUACGGCACCAGCAGCACAGCAGCCACGGAGCGAGUACAGAAGAGAGGGGAAGAGACGGAGGUCAUACAGCACCUUCCUGGGGGGCUCGAGGGGGCUACCAAGAGGAUCAGAGAAAAGGCUCCCAUCAUGCAUCAGUUGGUAACAAUGAAGUUAGAGGUCUCAGCACCAGAGCUCCAAACAGUGACCACAACCAGCCCCAUUCUCAACCGCCUCCAUCUUUAUCCCGCUCCUCAUCGCACAACACUGAGGGGGAGGGCAGUGCCAUGAAGAACCUAAUGAACUACAGCUCCCAGCAGCCUUUGCUGCUGCCACAGCGGGGCCCCUUUGGAGGUCUGGGCUGCCUCAAGCAGGGUGGAGAGAGAUCAGAGAAGGGGGACAGGGGUGGGGCUAAAAGCAACGCCUCCCCGCAAGACCCUCCCAAACAAUCGCUCCCCCCUCGCCGAGGCUCCACUAACGAGGGAGAGAGGGGAGACAGAGGUGGGAAGGAGGCAGGGGAGGCAGGUGAGGGGGAGGUGCGACAGCCCCCGGUGGGUAUUGCAGUUGCGGUAGCCAGGCCUCCCCAUCGUUCCCCAGACAACCCCCCUGGACACAGCAGACAGGGCAGGGUGCUGCCCAGCAUGAAAGGGGUGUCACGCCCUGCGUAUCCUCUCGGUCGGGAGGCAGAGGAGAGGAAGAGGAUGUCCGAGGAGCAGAUCAGCCUUCAUCACCUGGACAGAGACAGAGAAAUGAUCAUCAGGGAAAACAAGGAUCGUGUGGAGUUCGCCAGGAUCCACCCUUCCAGUAGUUGCCACGGUGACCUGACCUCUCACCUCUUGGUUCCCGGCGGGACCAGUAGGUUAGGGGCGGACCCUGCCGCACAUGCUCACCCGGCUCACCACCACUGGAUGCAAAGGACAGGAAGUCCCUCCCUCUGGAUGGGGCAUUCAUACAGUCUGAGCCACGUGGGAAUGAGCCCUGGCUUUCCACCAGGUCUGCCCAGUCCUCUGCAGCCAGUCUUGGGAUCGCUCACCCAAGACCCCAACUCCCCGCUGGUUGUUCUUCCUUCAGAACCUGGGCCUCAUCAUCACCUUGACGUUCUGGAGCAGUCAGGUCUGUGGCCCCCUGUGUACGGAGGCAGGGGCCCUCCUUCUCACCUGCAGCAUCACCCUGUCUACUCCCGCUCCUCAUUCCUACAGCAGCAGGAGCUGUACGCCCUGCAGCAUCAGCACCAUCAGCAGCAGCAGCGAGCCAUGGAGCACAUGCAGCGCCACUCCUUAGGACAGAGAAAACACGAGGAGCAUGCUAUCACCAUAGAGGACUCUCCUCACGAAUCUUCCGCAUCCAGAACUCCCUCCUCUUCGUCCAACACCUCCUCUCAUGUGGCCAAACCCUUCUCCCACACCCCUCCUCCACCCAAGACGCCCACGCCGUCUCCGGGAAUGUGUCCCAGCAGCCGCCAAUCCCCCUGCUACCACUCCCCGUCCAGGCGACCUCACCCGCCAAACCCUCUGACCCCUGCACCGAGCCCGGCCGCGGCGGCACCCCGCUCCCCGGCACUCAGUCCUGCUCCCUCACACCUCUCUAAGGGGCUGGAGAGGGGCAGUGACAGAGGAGAGGGACAGCCACCUCAGGACUACCCACAAUCCCUAGAGCCAGACCUACCACCUGUUUACACCUACCCUCCGAUCACCAUGGGUUACAAGGCCGGGCCCUCGCCCCCUGAAGCUCGAUUGGCUGAACAAGCCACAGUUGAGGCAGAGCCAGCACAGCCAGACUCUAAGUCCCUCUCACAUCCAUGUCGCAUCACCAAAGAACAGGAGAGAAAGGAAGCAGAGGAUGGGAGAGACUGUGAAGUGGUGGAAUCCCAGAGUGGAGUUACAGAGGAGGAGGAGGAGGAGGAAGAACGGAGGGUGGAAGCCAAAGAAUGCACCGAACCCGAGAGCACGAUUUCUGGAUUGCCGCCAUGGCCUUCCCCAGCUCCGGUCCCAGAUCCAGCCAGCCCGGCCACAGCCACAGGCAAAGCCCUAAAAGUAGAGCUCUCUCUGGGUUGCCCGGGCCAGAAGGCUGACCUGGAGGAGCCCCAACUAUCCAAAGAGCAGGAGGAUGAUAAGGAAUGUGGAAAAGAGGACAUGGAGGAGGAUGAGGGAGAGAAAAUGAGGCCUGAACCAACCGAAUGUACUUACUCUGUGUUUGUAGAGGAGGAGAAGGAGGAGGUAGAGGAUGAUGGGGACAAAGAUGGAGAGAAUGUAGAGGUGGUUGAGGAUGAGGAGGAAGAGAAGAGGAGUGGGAUGAAUCCAGGGGAGGACUCUGUGGAACUAAAGUGUAACUCUCCUCCUCCUUCCCCGUCCUCUGACCCCAUCCUCCCUCCUGCGGCGAGCACAGAAGCCCAGCUUCAAGGGGCCUACAUGUGGAGCCUGGAGCUCCUGAUCGCCGCGGCUCUGUGCGCCACCAGAGAUGCCUUGUACCCACCAGUACCUGCUGUCCAGGCCCCAAGCCCUCCACCACACCACGGUAUGGAGAUACUGGGAGAACUUGCCGAGCUGGAGAUCCAGCAGAGGAGCAGGGAGAGCAAAGAGAAAGACUCUGAGGGUGAGGACAUGCUGACCUUUGACCUCCACAGUCUGGCGACGCUGGCGGCCGCCCGUGCCCUGGAGAUGGGGGGAGGGGUUGUGGGUGUGGGGGCGGACCAGCAGUGUCCAAUCAGGAAGAGGCUCAACCUGCGCAGGAAGUGCAGCUGGACGCCUCGCCACGAGCCGGUGUGCCCAGUGAAGGGCUCCAUGGAGACGAUGGGAGGGGAGGAGCUGGCCAUGCGUGUCCAGCUGGCUGAGCUACAGCGCCGCUACAAAGAGAAACAGAGAGAACUGGCCAAGCUACAGAGGAAACACGACCACCAGAAAGAGGAGACAUGUCGUAGCCCUGCCCGCCGGCGGCCCGGCCGCCCCCGCAAGCGCAAGUCCACCCCCAGCCCAGCUGCUGCCGAGAGCUCCAAAAGACUCAGAGCCGGGUUGAAUUUACUAGAGGAAAAAGCCAGGAAGAAAAUGUCCAAUCACGGCUUCAACAGCCUCAGCUCUGCACAGAUGAAAGCUCGCUGUAAGCACAGAGGUCGGCCCAGCACCCUGAGCUCCAGGCUAGCCAGGCGGGUGACCCAGCUGAAGCAGAAGGCUGCGGCCCAGCGUGGUGCACCGUCGGCAGGCAUGCUGCACUGCAGAGGGACCCAUGGUGAGGAAGGCGCCUCCAAGAGUCACUGCAGACAAGGAAGAAAAGACCUGCAACAGGACUGGGCAGCGGGUCAGACUAUGAAGAGGAAGAGGGGUCGAAAGCCCAAAGCACUAAUGGGCGUCAGCACAAACAGAGCACACUACAAGAACGACCGGAUCUUCGAGAAACGGGAAGUCAGGGAAGAGAGGAGUGACAGCGAGAGCUCAGAGCACGAGGAGGAGGACGGCAGCUACGAGAGCGAAGGUGGAGCCGGUGACAUCAAGAUUAGCUCAUCCUCUAAAGAAGCUCCUGCAAACCCUGCCGGGAUUGUGCCUUUUUCAUCGCAGUCCUCCAAGCUCCAAGCAAACCAGAAAGCCAGGAGUAAGACACUAGGGCCUCCCGGCACGGGGAGCAUGCCCAGUGCAGAUCAGAGGAGACUGCCUAGAAGGCCGAGCCUCCCUAACACAGAAAGGGGACGUUCAGACCACCAGGGGACCAAAAGAGCGCCUCUGCCCAGCUGGGGUGCGUCGUCAGUGGGCUGCAGCUUUGGGGACGGCCUGGGGAACCAUGGAGCUCUGACAGAGGCAAACAGGGCCAGCAAGGAAGCCGUGAGGAAGAGCUCAUCGGGGCAGGGCCUUCUGGGAAAGGCCAAGGGCCGCGCAGUGAGCCGGCUCCUGCAGAGCUUUGCAGCCGACGACGGCUUUCGAUUGGAUGAGGAAAGCAGCUUCUCCGAGGGCGAGGAGGAGGAAGAGGAAGAGGAGGAGGAGUUAAAGUUGAUUCAUCUCCCUCCCAACAUGCCUUGCAGAAUACCUGCCCUGCCAAACUGUGUGUUGAGUAAAGAGAUGUUGGUGGACGGCCUGAAGAUCCUGAUUUCCAAGGAGGAUGAGCUGCUGUACGCUGCCUGCGUCCAAACUCUGGACCUGCCUGACAUAUUCAGUGUUGUCAUCGAAGGGGAACGAGGAAAUCGCCCCCGGAUCUACUCGCUGGAGCAACUACUACAGGAAGCUGUGUUAGAUGUGCGGCCCCAGAGCGAGGCCAUCCUGACUGCAGGGACCCGAGUGUGCGCCUACUGGAGCGAGCGCUCUCGCUGUCUUUACCCCGGAUACGUCCAUCGAGGAGGUCCAAGUGAGGAGGAGAAGGAGGGUAGCGUCAUGGUGGAGUUUGAUGAUGGAGACAGAGGAAGGAUCUCCCUCGCAAACAUCAGGCUUCUGCCCCCGGGAUACCAAAUCUGCUGUGCGGAACCCUCUCCAGCACUUCUGAUCUCAUCUGGUCACCGUGGCUGGCGAAGCUCCACCCACGAGAGGAAAGACGCACCCACAGAGAAACCAGCCAAUGAGGAGCCUGCAGGGAGGCCCCAAGAGAAAAGACCAGUUGGCAGACCGAAGAAAGUCCAUUCAGUGCCUAAGACUGCCAGCAUGUCAACAUCAGUAACAGACACUGUAACCAAAGGUAACGCUUCCUUGUUGAACUGGUCCGCGCCCAGGAAGAGACCGCCAGUUGACUUCUUCCUCUUCAAUGGGAUGUCUCGUAAGACCCAGAGGAGGAUUCGAGAGCGAGACUUGGGGCUGUUUCAUCGGCCCACCUCCCACCUUCUCGCACCCCCAAUGCCUUUCAAAGGCAUCUUUGGCUCCCCUUUUGAAGGCGACUCAUUCAGUAGCAUCGCCAACAGCUUCUCUACUUUUAGAAGCGGUGCAAGCUCUGGAGCUGGGCGACCGGGCGCCACAGUAGCUUCCACUGGGGUCCGGGAGUCCUCGUCCUCUGCUUGCUCCUCAGCUGUCACCAUGGCAAUGGCAGCUGGAAGCCGGAAGCCAGUGAGCGACCGCGACAGGAAACAGUUCCUGGUGAAGCUUGACCACGAAGGAGUGACAUCUCCCAAAACAAAGAACGGCAAGGCCCUGCUUCGACUCGGGGGCAGUGGAGGAAAGGGAGGCAAGAGUCUCACCUCAGCAGGAGCACCACUGCGAUACAUCCACCCCGCCCUGCUGGUGAAGGAUGGCAAUAAGGGAGGAGGGGAAAGAGAUGGCGCUGGGGUCCGUCCUGAGCCUAUUGUAAAAGGCAGCCCACCUCUGAGAAAUGACCUUCAGUCUGCAGGUCUUGGAGUCCAAGGUGGGGAUUACAGUUUGGACUACCCGAGUGACUGCCCCAGCUCUUACUCUGAGCUGGAUGAGGAUGAUGGUCAGGAUGCUGAAGCACCUAGAAGAAGUGCAGCAGAGACGUCCCACCGCAGCGGGCGUUUUCUCUCCCGUCUCUCCGCCUGCUUUUCCUCAUCUUCCUCCUCCUCUUCCUCCUCCGGUUCCAUCUCCUCCUCGUCCCUCUGCUCCUCAGACAACGACUCCUCCUACUCCUCCGACGAAGAGACCUCCUCCGUGCUGCUGCGCCGCGCACUGCUCCAGCAGGACAAACACAAGCACAGGCAGAACAUGACCUCCGACCUCCUGAGCCCGGACCCUACCGCCUCCAGCUCCUCUCCCUCGGCCCCGGCCCCGGCUCACGGCUACGUGGCCAAAAUCAGCAUGGCCGCCCAGGGGUCAAAAGUGAGGGCCGACAGAACAGAAGACAGGAAGGAGUUCAUGUCAAAAGGAGGGAUGGUGGGUAACAGUAGCACAGCUAAGAACCAGCUAAAGAGGAAAGAAGGAAUUUCGAGCAGCCACCAUCAUAGGCAAAGCAGUCCUGUGAGCCAGCAGCCCAAACCUGGCUCCAAGGACCCGACAACAGCUAAGAGGCAGCGGAUGUCUUCCCCUGAGACUCUGCCUAACAUGGCUCCCCUUCUGCCUGGACGCCAGCUCUGGAAAUGGUCCGGCAACCCCACACAGAGGAGAGGUCUGAAGGGUAAAGCCCGCAAGCUUUUCUACAAGGCCAUCGUGAGGGGCAAGGAGACGGUGCAUGUCGGCGACUGUGCUGUGUUCCUGUCACCUGGCCGGCCCCAGCUGCCCUACGUGGGCAGAGUGGAGAGCCUCUGGGAGUCGUGGAGCUCCAGCAUGGUGGUCAGGGUCAAGUGGUUCUACCACCCGGAGGAGACUCGCCUGGGGAGGCGACACCGCGACGGCAAGAAUGCCUUGUAUCAGUCGAGCCACGAGGAUGAGAAUGACGUGCAGACCAUCUCCCAUCGCUGCCAGGUGGUCAGCAGGGCCGAGUACGACCACCUGAUGUGCGAGCGUAAGCCCGGCAGCGCUGCGGACGACCUGUUCUACCUGGCCGGAACCUACGAACCGACCACGGGCCAGUUGAUCAGCGCUGAUGGCAUGGCCAUUGUGUCCUAGCACCACCAGCUACAGAGAAAUCCAAAUAUUGAACCUGAACUCUGGAGUUGACUGCUUCCAGGGUGGUCCUUCAGAACGGAGCUGGGGACCGAGGGGAACCAAGACAAAGAGUUUGGGCUCCGCGUAUUGAUCUGUCCCCUGUAAGAGAAGGAGCUAGCCCACUGGAUAAGGCCCAACAGCACUGGCACUUAGAGGAGCCUGGUUUGUUCUGGGGAAAAGUCUGAUCCAUGUCAGAUUUAACCUCUUUAUCUGAUGUGGACUGAGGCUCCUUGUCGCAGCGGGAGUCUACAGCUUUCCCUGUCGCUGAAAUAACAGAGUAUCUCGUCCCCGCGACAAGAUUACUGCAACAAAAGAACAGGAACCAAGGACAUGAGCACUUUGGAGUACAGUCGCUUGGAUAUGCUAUGGAGGGAGGGUGUCAGACUUGGCUUUCUGAAACAAAGACUCAGAGAGCGGGAGAGACUGUAUGGUAAGGAGAGACUUACUGUAAACCACACUGGUUUGGAGGGGUUUUCAAUGGUCUUAUACUGGUAGUUUGACGAUGACAACGUGAUUGGGAGAUCCCCAACAGGACCAAAAAACACUGUAGUUCGGACUUUGUGUGUAAGUGCGUGUGUGUGUGUGCGUGUUUGCAGAGUGGCUGCGAUGACCCUGUUUGGCAUUUAAUGAGCUCCAAGUAAAUAGUGCUUUAGCGUGCGCGUGUGUUUGUACUGUACGUGUGGUCAUGCACGUGCACACCCGCGCUCAUCGAGCAGGGACGACGUCGUGACACACCGUCAGUGCGUCUCUAACACUCUGAAAUGAUUUCUUCUCCUGUCAAGCCAUACACGUCAAUACCUCGCUCUCGUAUCCUCCUAUUCAUGUGCAAAGACACAUGUACAGGAAGUUGGAUUGUUUAUUUGAAAUGUGCGUGCGUGGGUGUGUGCGAGUGUGGGUGUGUGUGUGUUUGUGUGUGUGCGUGUGUGUGUGUGCGUGUGUGUGUGUGUGUGUGCGCUUUGUACAGCAUCAUGUAUAAUAUAACAUGUUGUAAAUAGUAUACAUUUAUAUUUGUUUCUUGUUUUUUGGCUGUUUUCUUUUGCAGAGAAGAUAAUUUUAUUUAGAUUUUUUU